ACACACACACACACACGCGCGCAGUCACAACUUCAGCCCUCCAACGUGAUGAAGUUUUCCUUCUAAGUAGUAAAGUAGUUUCCACUCAGCGCAGAGCAGUGCGCCGUUCAGCAGCAUGACUCGAUCCAACAAGUGGUGGAUUUUGUGCGCCGUUUUGCUCUCCUUUCUCGCCCGUUUUGGAUCCUGUAGAAGACAUAGAGAAGAUGGAGCUCAACCCGAGCUCUUCAUCUUCAACGAGUUGUGUGCCCUAAAGGACGAGCCAGGGCCUUGCAAGGCCAUUAAGGACCGAUUCUUCUUCAAUGUGGACACGGGGCACUGUGAGCUGUUUGAAUAUGGAGGCUGUGGGGGAAACGCCAACAAUUUCCAGACCUUGGACGCAUGUGAGGAAACGUGUCUCGUCUCAGAUGACAAGAACCCGUGCCACUUAGCCGAAGCUCCUGGGCCCUGUCGAGGGCUGGUGACGCGCUACUUCUUUGACAGCAAGAGUCAGCAGUGCAAGCAUUUCUUUUACGGUGGCUGCUUCGGCAAUGCCAACAAUUUCAGAAGCAUGUUGGAGUGCCAGGCGAAAUGUCAGAACCCAGCAAAACCCACUACAGCCCCAGAAUUCCACAUACAGUCUUCUCGGCGAUCCAGUGUUGUGCAGCCAACCAUGGUAACUGGGGAAUUGACUGUAAGCCUAAGUGAACCUCAGGUGCAAGCGAAUGACACUAAUCAAGAGCCAAAAGACUCGAAUCCUACAGAGCUGUGCUUCAGUCCCCUGGACAAAGGAACAUGUCACGGUGCAGAGAGGAGGUUUGCAUACAACCUCAAAACCAAGAGAUGCCAGAUGUUUCACUUCAGCGGCUGCGGGGGAAACGAGAACAACUUCACACACCGGAAAGACUGUAUUAACAAGUGCAUCAGAAGAAGAAAGGCACAUGGGAAGAGGUUGAUUCGAAUAAGGAAGAAGAACAUAAACAACAUUGUUAAUCGCUCAGUGUGAACACUUGGCUCUGAAACACCUGUAUUUUGUCUAUAUGUUAUGUUUAGCUUCAGUCAUACAUAUUGUUUUGUAGCGCUACAGUACUUGUAUAAAAGUCCUCUAGUGUACGAUAAUUAGCUUUCUAGUGACUGAAUGCAAUUAUCAUUGUUAUCCACAUUAUUUCUAAAUCUCAUAGACAAAAAAACAGAUUUGUUUUGCUGAUGUGUAAUAGCAGCUCUCCACACUGGUGCUCUGCGUGUCAAUGCUUUUUUAUAAACAAUACCGUGUGUCUUUUUAAUUUGACAGUUUCAGGACUCUGUUGUCAUCAUACUGAAUAUAAACAUUUCACUGUAACUAUUAUGGGAAACACCAAAGUUGCAGCACAAUUUUUGUUCGAUACCAAAAUGAAUGCUUGUUCUUCAUAUUUACUGUGUCUAUACAUAAACUGAUGCUUUUCUUCACUAUUGUUAAUCAAUGUGCAUUAGAAGAUUAAACUGGUGGCAAUCCUUAUAUCAACCACAACAAUAUAUAGAAUGAUCUGAAGCAAACACAUUAAUCAAGAUGACCAUGCCCAGACAGCUAUAAAUCAAUGUGAACAAGGUAAUGAGUGUUUUAUUUUUGUCGUAUUAAACAUGAACACAUUUUUUUUUCUUCUUUUUUAAUCAAUAUUAUGCAGUUUCGUAAAUCAUUAUUGCAGUGCUGCUGGCGUUGUUGGUAAGGAAAACCAGAGGGGGGCAGUGUUGUGUAAAGUAAGUUUUGAAAGAGGUUGUCAGCACCUUGUUGGCUGCACAGUAUUGGCUUUAAUGUCACCUUUUAUAACUAUGCCUGUAAUAAAUUGGACUGUAACAAUUUAUAUAAUAAACGUCAACAAUCCCCAUCUC